UGCACGCCCAACCUCGCGUUGCGUCGUUUUUCCAAAGCCGCCUACCUUACCAUUGAACCAGCCGCGGCACAAAAACAAACGAAAUUCACUGGAUAGCGAACCAUCGCGAUCGCAGUGCGCUUUCGAGCUUCAAGUGUUCAAACGGUUGAAAAUCGUCGAAUCGAGCGUGACGCUUUUUCGCGGGCGUGUGUGCAAGGGAAAUAUUCGAAUCGAUCUAGUCGGCCAGCUCUGGUGAGUCACGAAAGGCAGUUGUUUUAUAAGAAGUUAGGGAAAUUGGUUUUAGCACAGGCAGACGAGGUCGUAACGUUGCAGUCAUUGAGGAAAUUUUCCAACUCGAUUUUACUUUCCGCGGUAUUGGCGAGGAAGUAUUGUAAUCGUGAGAAAUUGUUUUUUAGACGUUAUAACUAUAACGUGGAAAGUACCUCUCAGAUUUAGCUGAAACUUUGAGACAAGGUUUCGCAGAGACUUCCGAAAAAAAAGUGUAGGUGUUGACACUUGGGGAUGUAAAAGCUGCAUUUAUGGUAUCAGGGAAAGACGUUUCACUUUUGAGAAGUGUUUCCAAGGAAAAGUGGAGAAGUCUCCGAGUCCCUCCCAGCCGGUAUGUCCGUAAUGCCGAAUUUGACCGAAACACAGCACCGUGGUCUUAGUUACCCAGGGGGCCACUGGCGCGUAACGAAGCGUGGAGGAAAAAAGAUAUUGUGAAAAAUGUCUCACACAGUGACGAUAACCAGGACGACGACGACCACAACUACCUCAGCGAUCAUAAUCAACACAGGCUACCUGAAGUCCUGGCCUGGACUGCUGAAAUUCGCCCAAUUGAUCUUAGGAAUCAUAGUAGUAGGCCUAGUCAGCUACUAUGUCGACAAAUACCACAGAUACAUCCAGACUCCUGAACUGUUCUACCUGUUGAUCGCCGUCACCUUCAUGAUUGGUACAUUCUUGUUGCUCCUCGCAUGUCUGAUCUCAAUAUCCACAGCAUCGAUUAUCUCGAAGACAAUUUAUGAAGUGAUAUAUCACGGAUUCGCAUUUCUUUUGUACCUGAUUGCCAGUCUGGUGUUCAUAACCGAAGUGAAUCACAACAAACGAUCGAACUACAGUUAUGAUUACGAACCGUAUCUCGCCGCCGCGAUAAUCGGCCUGGUCAUCUCCCUGCUCUAUCUAUUGAGCGCAGUAUUCGCACUGAGAAGUUACAGAGGACUCUAAAAAUAUCAAAGCGUCGUACAGAAAGUACUUAUUCGGCUUAAUUUAUUGUAUUUAUUAGUCGUUUAACAGUCAUUUUACAGAAACUGAACACUCACAAUCCGUCGUUAUUUUUGUUACCAUAUCGUUGAAUAUCACAUAAUUUCUCUAGUAUAGAAGUACGAAGUUUUGGGAUGGAAGAAGCAACCCACAGAAAUGUCAUGAGUAUACGACGCCAAAACUUAAAAUCUAUAAAUCCUGACACAUUUUUUGUCGAGCAUAUUAAUUUUUUAUAAUACACGAUUUUCGGGGGUGCAAGUGCUCUUUUUGAUAUAAUAUUAUUGUGAAUGUUUUACAUUGCCGCAGCAUAUACAGGGUGUUUCAGUUUAUUGUUGCAUAACUUUAAGAUUCGAUAGAACUUUCAAAAUUAAUGCAUAAAGUCUAUGUAAACAUGGGUCGAAAAAUGCGUGGCUUCCGAAAUACAGGGUGUUUAAAUUUACUUUCUAAAAUAGUUGACUUUUUAACGUUAUUGUAUCAUAAAUAAUUAAAAAUGCAUCGAACCUUAAAAAUCGAAAUAUCUCAAAAACGGCUAACUAUAACGAAAAUUCGCAAGAGAGCUUUUUUAUGUUGAAAAGUGCGGAGAAUCAGUUUUUUUAUUUAAACAGCAAAAAAUUGCACUAAGAAAAACUUUUCGGUCAUUUUAAUACACUACAGGUACAGUAGUGAGCGCCCUCUAGCGGCUACAGUAAAACUAUGCCCAUGGUUCGUUUUGUCGUACCAAACAACCCUUGUAUACCAAUUUUCACUGUUAUACAUCAAAUAUUGUUCGAAAUAUUUAAAAAAAACUAUUUUAAAAAGUAAAUUUAAACACCCUGUAUUUCGGAAGCCACGCAUUUUUCGACCCAUGUUUAUAUAGACUUUAUGCGUUAAUUUUGAAAGUUAUAUCGAAUCUUAAAGUUAUGCAACAAUAAACUGAAACACCCUGUAUAACAAAAAAGAACCUACAAUAAUAGACCUUCAAUAAAUACUCCAAGGAUUCUCUGAAGGUAAUUUAAGACAUAUAUUUAUUCAUUAAUACGAAAACGGUAUACGCGUUUAAUGUUUUACAUAUGUAGAAGUGGUAAACUGUGUAGUAGAAUAAAGCAGUACAGGAAAUUUAUUUUUUGUCUAUUUCUGCAUAAUAAAAGUAAAAAUUUCAUCCAUCGUCUAUCGGAAAUUUUCAGUCUAUUUUCUAUAAACGACUACAAACACAAGAGAUCUAAAACACAUAUAUCGAAGAAAACUGAUAAAACCGUAACUAUUUUUGUAGAAAUAUUUAUGGGAUGAAAAAUUUCAAAAUGAUGGAAUUUUCACUCUAAAACUAAAAAAUAACCGUUUUUGUAUGUCUCAAAGUGUAUAGCAGUAGUUGGAUCUACGUUAGAAAAAAGCUGCCAUAAUAUGUAUUGUAUAAAUGUGCCUUAGGUGUCUGAUGCCUUUUUGACAUUUAUAUAUUUUUUUAUUUAUUAACAUUAUUGUGAGCCAUGAAUAUUUUUUGUUAUUUUAAUAAUAAACAGUUUAACCGU